AAGGCCCUGCUCUUCUGUCCCUGUCCCACCACUUCAGGGCUGCUGGGGAAUGGGUUUCUCUGUGGGCCACAGGUGUAACCAUUGUGUUUUCCUUGUCUGCGCCAGGGACACCUUGGUGCUCAGAUGCCUGAAGGUAGCAGCUUGUCCCUCUUCGCCUCCUCUAAUUAGAUAUUUCUCUCUCUCUCUCUCUCUCCCUCUCUCCAUAAAGAAAACUAUGAGAGAGGGAAUUACAGGUAGAGGGCUAGAAGUUUUUGGACAUUAACUAUUUCUAUCUUCUAAUUUAGUUAACGAGAAACAAAAAAUCCUGCAGACAAGUUCCUCCUCAGUCAGGUAUUUCCUAACCAAGUUCGAGGGUAUGAACAUACUCUCCUUUUCCUUUUCUAUAAAGCUGAGGAGAAGAGUGAGGGAGUGUGGGCAAGAGAGGUGGCUCAGGCUUUCCCUGGGCCUGAUUGAACUUUAAAACUUCUCUACUAAUUAAACAACACUGGGCUCUACACUUUGCUUAACCCUGGGAACUGGUCAUCAGCCUUUGACCUCAGUUCCCCCUCCUGACCAGCUCCCUGCCCCACCCUGUCCUCUGGAACCUCUGUGAGAUUUAGAGGAAAGAACCAGUUUUCAGACGGAUUGCCUCAGACCACACUAUCUCCACUUGCCCAGCCCUGUGGAAGAUUAGCGACCAUGUAUUCCAAUGUGAUAGGAACCAUAACCUCUGGAAAAAGGAAGGUGUAUCUUUUGUCCUUGCUGCUCAUUGGCUUCUGGGACUGUGUGACCUGUCACGGGAGCCCUGUGGACAUCUGCAUAGCCAAGCCGCGGGACAUUCCCAUGAAUCCCAUGUGCAUUUACCGCUCCCCGGAGAAGAAGGCAACUGAGGAUGAGGGCUCAGAACAGAAGAUCCCCGAGGCCACCAACCGGCGUGUCUGGGAACUGUCCAAGGCCAAUUCCCGCUUUGCUACCACUUUCUAUCAGCACCUGGCAGAUUCCAAGAAUGACAAUGAUAACAUUUUCCUGUCACCCCUAAGUAUCUCCACGGCUUUUGCUAUGACCAAGCUGGGUGCCUGUAAUGACACCCUCCAGCAACUGAUGGAGGUAUUUAAGUUUGACACCAUAUCUGAGAAAACAUCUGAUCAGAUCCACUUCUUCUUUGCCAAACUGAACUGCCGACUCUAUCGAAAAGCCAACAAAUCCUCCAAGUUAGUAUCAGCCAAUCGCCUUUUUGGAGACAAAUCCCUUACCUUCAAUGAGACCUACCAGGAUAUCAGUGAGUUGGUGUAUGGAGCCAAGCUCCAGCCCUUGGACUUCAAGGAAAAUGCAGAGCAAUCCAGGGCGGCCAUCAACAAAUGGGUGUCCAAUAAGACCGAAGGCCGAAUCACCGAUGUCAUUCCCCCGGAAGCCAUCAACGAGCUCACUGUUCUGGUGCUGGUUAACACCAUUUACUUCAAGGGCCUGUGGAAGUCAAAGUUCAGCCCUGAGAACACAAGGAAGGAACUGUUCUACAAGGCUGAUGGAGAGUCGUGUUCAGCAUCUAUGAUGUACCAGGAAGGCAAGUUCCGUUAUCGGCGCGUGGCUGAAGGCACCCAGGUGCUUGAGUUGCCCUUCAAAGGUGAUGACAUCACCAUGGUACUCAUCUUGCCCAAGCCUGAGAAGAGCCUGGCCAAGGUGGAGAAGGAACUCACCCCAGAGGUGCUGCAGGAGUGGCUGGAUGAGUUGGAGGAGAUGAUGCUGGUGGUCCACAUGCCCCGCUUCCGCAUUGAGGACGGCUUCAGUUUGAAGGAGCAGCUGCAAGACAUGGGCCUUGUCGAUCUGUUCAGCCCUGAAAAGUCCAAACUCCCAGGUAUUGUUGCAGAAGGCCGGGAUGACCUCUAUGUCUCAGAUGCAUUCCAUAAGGCAUUUCUUGAGGUAAAUGAAGAAGGCAGUGAAGCAGCUGCAAGUACCGCUGUUGUGAUUGCUGGCCGUUCGCUAAACCCCAACAGGGUGACUUUCAAGGCCAACAGGCCUUUCCUGGUUUUUAUAAGAGAAGUUCCUCUGAACACUAUUAUCUUCAUGGGCAGAGUAGCCAACCCUUGUGUUAAGUAAAAUGUUCUUAUUCUUUGCA